UCGCUUCCUUCCUUGAUCGAACAACAAGGCUGCAGCUGCGCGCAUAGGACUCCAGGUCUCUGACACACAGGCAAGUCAGCUGAGUGAGGUGAGCCAUGGAGGAGGCCGCCAACAGCAAGACGCAGACGCCGCCGCCGCCCGCGCGGGAGAACGGAGGCGGGAGCGUCUGGUUCACGCACCAGCCGGCGGACACGGUGGCGUUCCGCUCGCAGCCCAUACCCGGCGGCCACCACCAGCCCCCGCGCGGCGCCACCGGGGUCAUGAUCAUGAGCAGUGACAAGCUCAACCACCUGGCUGGUGCGGCGCCGCCGGAGGUCCACGAGGAGGAAGAAGACGACGAGCUCUGGCGGCCCAAAGUUGAUCGCUUCUUCAUCGCCCUGGAAGGCCCCGAGCUCGACAAGCUCAAGACGUCGUCGGAGCUGGUGCCGCCGUCGGACAAGACGUGGCCGUUCCUGCUCCGUUUCCCGGUGUCGGCGUUCGGUAUGUGCCUGGGCGUGAGCAGCCAGGCGAUCCUGUGGAAGACGAUGGCGUCGUCGUCGCCGACCCCGACCAUGUUCCUGCACAUGACCCACAAGGUGAACCUGGUGCUGUGGUGCAUCUCCGUGGUGCUCAUGUGCGCCAUCACGGCCGUGUACGCGCUCAAGGCCGCCUUCUUCUUCGACGCCGUCCGGCGCGAGUACUACCACCCGAUCCGGGUGAACUUCUUCUUCGCGCCAUGGAUCGCGUGCCUCCUCCUGGUCAUCGGCGUGCCGCAGUCCGUGGCCAGGGAUCCCCUGCCGCAGUGGCUCUGGUACGCGCUCAUGGCGCCCGUGCUCGUCCUGGAGCUCAAGAUCUACGGCCAGUGGAUGUCCGGCGGGCAGCGGCCGCUGUCCAAGGUCGCCAACCCGUCCAACCACCUGGCCGUGGUGGGCAACUUCGUGGGCGCGCUGCUGGGCGCCAACAUGGGGCUCAGGGAGGGCCCCGUCUUCUUCUUCGCCGUCGGCCUGGCGCACUACACCGUGCUGUUCGUGACGCUGUACCAGCGGCUCCCCACCACUAGCGAGACGAUGCCCAAGGCGGAGCUCUACCCGGCGCUGUUCCUCUUCGUGGCGGCGCCCAGCGUGGCGAGCAUGGCGCUGGCCAGGAUCACGGCGCCCGAGUUCGGGUUCGGGGCUAGGAUGGCCUACUUCGUCGCCAUGUUCCUGUACGCGUCGGCGUCGCUGGCGGUGCGGGACAACUUCCUCUGCGGGUUCCGCCACGUCUCGCUGGCGUGGUGGGCGUACACGUUCCCGAUGACCGGCGCCGCCGUCGCGUCCAUCCGCUACUCCGCCGAGGUGGACAACGCCUUCACCAGGACGCUCUGCGUCGCGCUGUCCGCGGUCGCCGUGCUCACGGUCGCGGGGCUGUUCGUCACCACGCUGGUGCACGCCUUGGUGCUCCGGAAGCACUUCCUCGACGACAUUUGCAUCGCCAUCAGGGACAACAAGAUCAAGCCCAUUGUGGAGCUGCACGAGCACGACAGCCCGGGCAGGGACGACGGCAGCAACGACGACAUCGAGGCUGGCGGGCAAACAGUGUUAUAUGUAUGGACGUAUGACGCCUGUGCUGCUCAGGAAGCAUAUAUAGGCAAUAAUGCACGAACGCCCCAAAUCGCCGAGCUUCACGCCUGCAGUGCAAGCGUGGUGGGAUGACGAACGCGACCGAGUUGUUGCUUGCAUUGGAUCUUUCCAGGUGUGUGUUGCCUGCAGCUUUGGUUCCAUGGUGCAGAGGGAUCAGAGGAGGAGCAUUUGAUCGAUUGCAUCUAGUAUUGGAAGUCACUACUCUACUAGUCAGUAUAAAACCGCUUGAAUGAACAGAGUAGGCUACGAUGUCUGAAACACGGCUAGCUGGUUAUUAUUUAUCGAUUUAUCGUGGAAAGAUUAUAUAUGCAGCAGUGUCGCUUUUUACUUUAGCAUCUCAA